AUUGUAUUUUGAGACUAACCUUGGCACAAGGUUUGUAAGGCUUCUUACGGACGGACACGAUAGUCUAUCUUGAGCCACUAAACGUUUUCCUGUUAAACGUCAUCUAAUAAUUUCGAGAAGCCAUUAUUAAAUAUCUGAAUAUAGAGCCCUGGAAAAUAUCUGUGUGCGACUAUAUGGACCUUUUUGAGGAGAAAGUUCGUCUACAUGAAUCUACAACGGAAGUCGGUGGGCUCAUAAUAACUAAGUCAAGAGAAAAUUUCAAACAACCUCAAAAGUCUUUAUUUGGACUUGAUAAGUUGGCGGCAAAAAAGCGACAGGAAUCUGAAGAUCUUAAUCUACAAUUUAACAAGCGCGAUGUUACAAAUAAAGAAAGGUUCUAUAGGGAAAGGCGCGUUGAAACCCCUUCCAAUCGUGGGGGUGUUAGCAAAGAAUAUUUCGAUUCUCAGGCAAGAAGGCGUGAACGUGACCAGAAAGAACGCUUAAAAACCGGUCUUGUAUCAACAUCCAGAAAAAUUAGUGAAAAUUACUCAGACUCUCGAAAAUCAGACUAUUCUCGGAUUGAAUUAGUCAGAGAAAAAGAAUCUCUCAGCACUCGACAUCGGAGAGAAGCAGAAUGGGAAGAUGAAACACCUCAUCACAGCAGUCGGGAAAAUAGAAGUACUACUGGAGCAAGUACCAACCGGUUUGAAACUCCUGAAAUAUAUAAUGUUGGGGGACGGUCUCCAGGACAUUCUAGCUGGGAUGAUUCUGGUUUAGGAUCCAGUCGAUCUACUACCCCUCGCAAUACCGGAUCACUAGCUCGUAAUUCCAAUAACGAUCGAUAUACCUACACCCCUAUGCCUACUCCAAGUUUUAAGCACAACUCAUGGAUGCAAUCAAAUAAACAUAACACAGGGAGUUCGGACUCCAGAAAACAGCAUUCGGGUCGUCAUACUCAUGGCCAUUCUUAUGCACAACUUUCCAGUGAAAACGAAGGCGAUAGUGUGAAACCCGAUUCUACUGAGAUAGAGGAAGAUGGUGAUAAUAUUAAGGCUGAAAAUGAACGCUUAGAUCGUAAUUGGUAUCAAAUGGAUGAUGGUUAUGAUAAUGAUAACCAUCCGUUUUCUGACAUUCCUGAAGAGUAUGCCGCUAAAAAGGAACGUCAAUUAGCAGAACGUAAGAAACGACAUAAACAACGCUUAACUGCAAAAGCUGUCCAAGUUCAUAAAGAUAAUCAAGCAUGGGAACAUAAUCGUAUGUUAAGAUCUGGAGUUGUUCAGCGAGUAGAUUUUGAACAAGACGAAGAUUUCGAUGAAGAAGGUGAAGCUAGAGUUCACUUAUUAGUUCGUAAUAUACUUCCACCAUUUUUGGAUGGACGAAUUGUUUUCACUCGUCAACCUGAACCUAUUAUUCCUGUUAAGGACCCAGAGAGUAUAAUGGCCAAAGUUGCGCAGAAAGGUAGUGCCAUUGUGAAAUACUUCCGAGAACAAAAAGAACGUAAAAGAGCACAAAAGAAAGAAUGGCAAUUGGCUGGUACACGUAUAGGGGAAGUUAUGGGUAUAAAACCUCCGGAAGAACAGGAUAAUUGGACAGAGAAAUCACAUCGUGAUGCACAGACAUUUGCCGAUAAAGUCGGAGAUAUGAAGUCUGAAGCAGUUAGCGAGUUCGCUACACGAAAAACCAUUGUGGAACAACGACAAUACUUACCAGUAUUUUCUGUCAGGACAUCCUUACUGAGAAUGAUUAAAGAACAUCAAAUUGUAGUGAUUGUUGGCGAGACUGGAAGUGGUAAAACUACUCAAUUAACUCAAUAUUUACAUGAAGAUGGUUUUACAACUUAUGGUAUGGUUGGUUGUACUCAACCACGUCGUGUUGCUGCUAUGUCUGUUGCUCGACGAGUUGCUGAGGAAAUGAAUGUACGUUUAGGUGAAGAAGUUGGUUAUGCUAUAAGAUUCGAAGAUUGUACUUCUUCUUCCACUCUAAUUAAAUAUAUGACUGAUGGAAUUCUAUUACGUGAGUCACUACGUGAAUCUGAUCUUGAUCCAUACUCUGCAAUUAUCAUGGAUGAAGCUCAUGAAAGAUCUUUAAAUACUGAUGUAUUAUUUGGAUUGUUACGUGAAGUUGUUAGUAGGCGUAAUGACUUACGUCUUUUAAUCACUUCUGCUACAAUGGAUGCGGAAAGAUUCGCUCAGUUUUUUGGUGAUUGUCCUAUUUUUCGAAUACCUGGUCGAACAUUUCCUGUUGAUAAACAAUUUAGUAAAACAACAGUAAUGGAUUAUGUAGAUGCAUCUGUGAAACAAGCAAUUCAGGUUCAUUUAGGCUCACCAACAGAUGGUGAUAUACUCAUUUUUAUGCCUGGUCAAGAGGAUAUUGAAGUGACAUGUGAACUAAUUGCUGAACGCUUGAGUAACUUGGAUGAAGCUCCUCCACUAUCCAUUCUCCCUAUUUAUUCUCAGUUACCGAGCGAUCUUCAAGCAAAAAUAUUUAUGAAGGCUGAAAAUGGUGUCCGAAAAUGUGUCGUGGCAACAAAUAUUGCUGAAACCUCAUUAACUGUUGAUGGGAUACGUUAUGUGAUCGAUUGUGGUUAUUGUAAAUUGAAAGUUUUCAACCCCAAAAUUGGUAUGGAUGCAUUACAAAUAUUUCCAAUUAGUCAAGCUAAUGCUAAUCAACGUGCUGGUCGUGCUGGUAGAACUGGUCCAGGAGUGUGUUACCGUUUAUACACUAUAAGUCAAUAUCAAGAUGAAAUGCUAAUCACAUCUGUUCCAGAAAUUCAGAGAACUAAUCUGGCCAAUGUCGUUCUCUUAUUAAAAUCUUUGGGUGUUCAAGAUUUAAUGCGAUUUCAUUUCAUGGAUGCUCCUCCACAGGAUAACAUAUUGAAUUCGAUGUAUCAACUAUGGAUUUUCGGUGCUCUUGAUAAUACUGGUAGUUUAACAAAUUUAGGUCGUCAAAUGGUUGAAUUCCCAUUGGAUCCCGCUUUGUCUAAAUUAUUAAUUAUUUCCUGUGAUAUGAAUUGUUCUGAAGAGAUUCUAACCAUUGUAUCAAUGCUCUCUGUGCCGAGUGUAUUCUACAGACCGAAAGGUCGUGAAGAAGAAUCAGAUAAUGCAAGAGAGAAAUUCCAAGUCCCAGAAUCUGAUCAUUUAACAUUAUUGAACGUUUUCACUCAAUGGCGUAAAUCAGGUUAUUCAUCAGCAUUUUGUGCAAAACACUUUUUACACUUAAAAGCUAUGCGUAAAAUUCGUGAAGUUCGACAACAAAUGAAAGAAAUCAUGGAACAGCACAACAUGAAUUUACAAUCUAUCGGCAGUGAUUGGGAUGUUGUGCGUGAAUGUUUAUGCGCUACUUUCUUCCAUCAAGCUGCUCGUAUCAAGGGUUUAGGUGAAUAUGUGAAUUUACGGACUGGCAUGCCUUGUCAUCUACAUCCAACUAGUGCUCUCUAUGGAAUGGGUUACACUCCAGACUAUGUUAUUUAUCAUGAAUUAAUCAUGACAACAAAAGAAUAUAUGCAAUGUGUUACAUCUGUCGAUGGUAAUUGGCUAGCUAAAGUUGGUCCUAUGUUUUACAGUGUUAAAGAUCCUAACCUUACUCGGUUGGAACGAAAGCGACAAGCUGAAGAACAACUCGUAGAAAUGGAAAAUGAAAUGCGUCUGGCUGAAGAACAACUCUCUCGUCGACGUGAAGAACUUUCAGCAUCUAUUGGUUCAAGUCGUUUACGACCAAUAAUUACACCUGGUAUGCGCACUCCUGGUACUCCUUUAGUGUCUAAACGCUCUGGCAGUAGACUUGGUUUAUAAUCCUAUCUGUUGUACGAUUAUUAAUUAAUGUACAUAUAUUAUUUUUGUAAAAUAUUUUCCAAUAUAUAAACUAAAAUCUUUCAAAUAUAUUUAUCUUUCCACAGUUUGUCUUCUUAUUCAAUUAUUAUUAUCAUUAAUUACAAUAAUCUAUAUAUGGUACUUGCAUGUAUAGUUGAUCUGAUUGAUUCGUAGUUUCACCUAAAUCUAUUAUUUCAAUAAGAGUGAUCCUUCAUCAAAUAAUUCUGUCAUUUGAUUUAAUGCAACUUCGAUAUCAUAUAUACCUUGUGAUAUUUUCUAAGUACAAGUAUAUCAAAAGGGGUUUUUGUGGAGAUUGUUAUAAUUUCAAUAGUUGAGAUCAUAAGUCAAUUGAAGCUUGAUCACCAUGGAAAGCAUGGAAGCACUGGACAGGCAUAUACACUGUGAUCUUAAUCACUUCACUUCAUACUUCUCAACUAGAAAUUAAAUUAAUAAGAUAGAUAUAGUUUGUUGAAAACUAGAAAUAUAGAUAUGUUAACAGCAAAAAUAACUAGUUCAAUCCUUAAUAUCAAAAUGAUGUUAUAUUUGUAAUAUCCCAACGAGUAGAAAUUUGAAUUUUUAAUGUUUUGUGACUUAGUAUAAGUUGUUUCUAUAUAGUAAAACUAUUCAUUGGGAUAUCAUAACUAUAUCAUUUUACUGUAAACAUUCUAUUCAAUGCUCAGUUCAUUUGAAAUUGUCAAGUUAAAUUUUAGUAUUAAUACCUAAAGGUUUGUCUAGAGUCUUAAAGGUAGACAAACAACUGUUUCUCAACACUUUUAGAUUUCUGAAGUUUUGUAAAUCUAUGGAAUGAUUUUUUUUACUGGUAUCAUGUUCUCUAGGCCAGGUUGUUUAGUUGGGGAGCGUUCAGUAUUUUCUUGAACAACAUCAUUAGCGCUUUCACGAGAUAGGUCCUGAUGAUGAACACCUAAGCUGUAUAUCUUCCCUUUCAUUUCUCUUCAUUUAUAUUCAGCGUUGUUUUGUUGGUUGUAUGCACAAUUGUUCUAUACAAUGUUCUAAUAAGCUUAUGAAAUAAGUUUUUGAAAAUAAGUAAGAGUGAGGUAGAUACACCGUGUUUUUGUUAUUUGGUUGAUUGUCUCAAGUGACGUAAGAAUCACACAAUGUAAUUAUUAAACUAAUUUCGAUUUCUGUAUGUAGAUUUUAACUGAAUAAGACUAAUUAUAUAUGGUCUAGUAGAUGUGACUCAUGUUAGUGAACGCAGAUUAAUUGUUUGGAGCCCUCACGAUCAGUGGUUAAAGAUGUUGGCAGUUAUAACUCAGAAUCGGUUGUCACAGUGUUAAAUAUCCAUCCACUCUUUGUCUUCAUCUAGAAUCUGAGCUUAUUCAUUCCUAUAUAUACAUACCUUUUCAAAUAAUAUUUAGUCUUUCUCAUUACCAAUGAUACUAUUAUUAGUUUGACUAUUUUUUCUCGUAUUUUUGUGAUAUAACAACUUGAGCUAACGCACAUUUGUGCUAGUCACUUCAUUGAUUAUGACUGAUUGAAUAAAUGUAAUAAGACCACUGAUUAUAUUGUACUUUAAAAUUAAUCUGAUAGACACAAUAGGUCAUUUAGCUAGAUUAGGUUUCAAAAUGUUACAAGAAUGUAUAAUUGCAUACGAAACUGCCGGAAUUUUCUUAAAUCACUGAUAUUCAGUAUUUAUUUAUUUAUUUAUUUGAACACAUAAAUAUUGGUACAGGGGGGCACCAAAUAUAUAUGCGCCACACAAAACAAUGAUAAUUU